CAAAAACCAGACCAGUCUGUGCAGAGACGGAAGAGAAGGAACAGCACUGCCGACUCACACAAACACACUCUCCAGAGAAGAUAGGACACAGACACAGCACUCUCUACAGCCAUGGAGGAGAAAUUACAGCCUGGCAGCUUUGUCCUGGGUCCUCAGGACUUGACUGUGGGUCCAGCUGUCCAACCUUACCCACGCUCCCCCAAACUGCUCCGCAAGACUGCACACUCGUCAAUACCCCUCACACAGGAGCAACUGUCUAAGCACCUGGAGCAACUGAAGGCCGAGGAGGCCAGGACAGAGGCUCACCUUCAGUCCUUAAAGAAACGGAGAAGCAACUUGUCUAAAAGUGUGGAGGUGAUGAAGCAGAAGGUGAAGGAGCGCUUCGACGUGAUGCGGGCCGCCCUGCAACGAGACGAGCGGGCCGUCCGCGACUCCCUGGAACUGGACCGCCGGGAGACCACCGCCAAGCUCAACCAGGUCCUGAAAGACUGGCAGCAGCACCUGAGCGCCGUCCAGAGGAGCAUCCGCUGCACUGGGAACGCGCUGGCACAGAAGAGUGGUGUGGUCAAUUCAACGGAUCCAAUAGAAGAAGUGAGUUGCCAUAAGAAACCAGAUGCUGCUGAGGCGAGUAUAAGACUGAAUGAGGAGAGGUUCCAGAACCUUCUCAGGAAACUUCAGCAAAUCUCCAGAGACCUGCAGGCUCAGUUAAAGAGGAAGACCUUCCUGCUCGAUUCAUCAAAUGUAGUGAUUGACAGGGAGACCAGCCAUACACAGAUCGCCAUCACAGGAGAAGGGCGGAGCCUGUGCAUUUCCAGUGAGGCCUGUGACCCUCAGCGCCAGUUGCACCCCCUGCAGUUCGACCAGGUGUACUGCGCCCUGGCCACCUCGGCCAUAACCACCGGGCAGCACUACUGGGAGGUGGAUGUGCGCUGCUGCUCUGCCUGGGCGGUGGGUGUGACCUAUGGCAGCCUGCACAGGAAAGGGCAGGACAAAAGCGCCAAGCUGGGGCGCAACAGGAUGUCCUGGUGCGUCGAGCUCCGCGACGGACGCCUAAGUGCCUGGCACAACGACCGGCACGUGGCCCCAACAGGCAUCCGCGGGCGCGACCAGCCCGCCACAGUGGGUGUGCAUGUGAACUACGAAAAGGGUCGUGUGGUGUUUUACGAUGCGGACGGUAUGGAGCUGCUGCAGGAGUUCUCUGCCGCCCUAACACCUGUGUUCGACCGCAUGCACCACCAGUUUGUCGAUCCCCUCUACCCCGCCGUGCGCUUCCUAAGACCACAGGAUGGAUUUGCUAGGUCCAGUCACAUGGAGAUCCCUGACCUCCAAAAUUGACGUAUAUCAAAAUGACUUAAAGACACAAAGUUUUUUUUAACCUUAAUAUAACAUUUUAAAAGUCUUUUUAUGUAUAUAUUUGUUGUGCCUUUUUUGUCUUUAUUUUGCUAGGAAAGUGAGAGGCUGACUGGUUAUUUGUCCACAUUCAUCAGCUAGCUAGUUGGCAAAUAAACCAUCUAAGCAGCAGUAGGAAUGGUUCUUUGUUAACUGAUUCAAGAUAAAUGUUAACGUGGGUGGGAGGAAAGACACAAUUUACUUGUUUUAUUGGUGAAAAGGGUCCUCAUCUGUAGAUAUGAUUUUUAAAAUGAUUAACCACAACUUCAUCAUUUAAAGCAAAUUAUUUUGCGGACCCCUUGGCUAUGGGUUGCAGAACCUAAGGGGUCCUUGGACACCACUUUGAGAACCACUGGUCUAAUACACUGGAAAACUGUAACAGAUAUUUUUAUAGUUUCUAUCCAUAAAUAAACAAAGUAUUAGCCUGA